UUAAUUUACUACUAUGGUCUAUGAUAAAUGAAUAAAUGAUUCAUACGUCAUCAUAAUACGUCUUUACGGCAUAAUAUUAUUAUUUAACCCUAUGGUAUUAGGCAAUAUUGCAAUUAAUAAAUUACAAAUUACAUUUUACUUGCCCUGAGACACUGUUUUUACUUUUUAAGUGAUUUUUAAACUUUUUUUCUCUUGUCAAAUUAAUUACUUAUAUUAGGUACUGUAUAAUUUGUCCACAUUUCUUUAUUGGAUUUUGCAAAAUGUCUAAUAACCGAUACGUAAGUAAUUCAUCGCGAGGGAUAUUUGACGACGACGACGAUGUAGAUGACAAUGAAUUUAUGUCCCGCGUUCGACCCAAUGUCAGCUAUAGAAAUGACCUUUUAGGCAACAAUUUUGGUAAUCAAGAAUUAGAAAAUGCACAUAGACAAAAACAACAAGUUGUUGAAACAACAAGAGAUGUAGAACAAAGAACUUUACAGUCUACUGAAAGAACCUUGCGUUUACUCAGGGAGUCUGAAAAUAUUGGUACUGCUACAGCUGAAGAAUUGGUUAGACAAAGAGAACAGCUGCAAAAUACUGAUAAACGACUUGAUGAAAUCAAUUCUAAUUUACGUGUCAGCCAAAAACAUAUACAAGGAAUUAAAAGUAUUUUUGGAAGUUUUAAAAAUAUGCUCAGUGGUAAAUCAAAUUUACCACCACGUAGCGCAUCAACUGAAAUUGAGCCAACGGGGCCUCCAUUAACAAAUGAAGUGCGUAGAAGUACAUUGAGUGAAACCUUAACACAAGCAAAUUCUAAUAUUAGCUCUAUGGAUCAACAUCCUGGUUUAAGAAUAAGAGGUUUAGUAGAUAACGAAUCAACUACACCAACUGAUGUACAAUCUAAUUUGGAUAACAAUUUGGAUCAAAUUCUUGGAUCAGUAACUCGAUUAAAAGGUUUAGCAUUGGGGCUUGGUGGAGAAAUUGAUUCUCAAAAUGAUUUAGUUGAAAACAUUCUCGCUAAAGCAGAUAAAGCUGACAUAAAUAUGGAACGUCAAAACAAAGAGAUAAAUCGUAUUUUGAAAAAAUAAUCAACUAUAUCGAGCAACAUUCCUAUCACAUUAGAUAUAUUUGUAGAAUAAGACUCCUAUUAAAAUUACUUAUAAUACCAUACUCUGUUUAUAUAUUUAUAACGAAUCUUACUUCUCUAUUUAUGUUUAUAUUACCAAUUUUUCAUGUUAGCUAUGAAGUAUUAGAAUCAUUGAAGUAUCAUAAAAUUAUAUGAAAUCAUAAUAUGUGUCAAUUCCAUUAAUGAAGAAAAAUUGUAUCAAUUAUAUUUACUUAUUAUUCAUUUGUAUACUAAUAAUAAAUAAAUAACAUAUUUGCACAAAUA